UAUCGAUCCCUCUUCCUAUUCUCUAAUGACCUUUUCACAUCCUCCAAACGCAAUAAUAAACGUGUCCUCCACACCAAUAUCAACGUCAUUUCGUCCCUCUGUUGGUAAGCGAACCCAUGGAAAGAGUUGGGGUAUCCUGGCUACAAACGAAGCCGAUUAUGUAAAUGGCAUUGGAAGUCAUAGACAGAAUCCACCUCCAUAUUCUUAUACACCGUCAUCCCAACAAUCCCCACCCGCUUAUCUCACGCAACUACGCUUGCCACAACUCUUCUCUCGCUCCGUCGUCAGAUCAGUCUUCCACCGUAUUGAUACAGCGUCAACUACACCGCCUAUCUAA